AUGAAUAAUGUCCAAAUGAACAGAGCAGCUGUGCAGGACGAGGACCGUAUAGCGGCGGUUGUAAUUUUUAUUACGGCAUUUAUUGGUCUCAUACUCAACGCAUUCAUCGCCAUCUAUAUACGACGCCUCGCAGUACUCCGAAAUUCUUUUGGACGACUACUUCAGCUACAGGUGAUUGCAGAAAAUUGA